AUCAAUGAAGAGAGCAUGAGAGAGAGAGAGAGCGAGAGAGAGAGAGAGAGAGCGUCACAGUGUUUUCGUUCAGUACACGUUACCUCACACGCACUCUGAAGACACAGCAGCGAGAAAGGGCACCCGUAUCUAUCCGUUGCAUUACUAGCUGGUUUCUUUCAGAGAGAGCUCUGCAGACGUGAAAAUACCACGAUUCCUGCCGAAGAGGAACUCUCGCCAGUUGCCACAGUCUUUCCUGGAUUCCCUUCAACCUUCUCGCCGCAUUUCUCCAUCCUAGGUUUUCUGGAAUGAGCUGUUUUCCUGCUUGCGUCGUUUCCAUGUCAGCAUGGGAACUGCCGUGUCCAAAAGGAAGAAUAUAAGAAACGAUGCGACAUCUUCCGUGGCAGCAAAAGUUAGAGCAGCGCGAGCGUUUGGAGAGUACCUGUCCCACACACACCCUGAGAACCGAAACGGCUCAGCCCAUCUCCUGUCUGACACGUUUGUGGGCCCAGACUCCCCUGGCGGUGUCCGUCACCACAACAACAACUAUCCAUACCCCCACAGGGGCUCUCCGGCCUCCCCUGAGUCCAGCCUGGUGAAGCAUCCGCUGGACCACCUCCAGCCCCCGCCCGCCUCCAUCACCACCACCAAGACCCGCCUGUCUCUGGAGCGCAGCUUCUCGGCUGAGGAGGACCAGCAGAAGUGUGUGGAGUGCGCCCUGCAGCCCGCCCGCGUCUACACCAUCACCGGAGAGCACGGUAUGCUGGGUAGCAACCGGGGCAGCAAGGAGAGCCUGGAGCUGGAGCUGCUGAAGGGGGCGUCGCCCCUGGUCCAGCCCUCCACCUCCCCCUCCUCCACCUCCUCCUCCUCACCCACCCAGCACCACCUCCGUCACGGUCACCGCAGCAACACUCACCGCGAUGACGGGAGCCAUCGUCACGGCAACCCCGUGGCCGGCGGCAGUGGCAGCAACCAUCACACUCUGAAUGUUUCCGGUGGGGGAGCCUCCCACCAUGGCCACCAUGGCAGCCACCACCAUCUAUCCCAGCAGCCUCUGUCGAGCUCGGUCAGCGCGCAAAACAUCCGCAGCUGGGGCGAGGGGGGCAAGGGGGACUCACGGGAGGACUGCAGCCUCAAUGUGGUCUUGGACUCUAGUGGGGCCCCGUCCCGUAGCCAGGGCUCCCUGGAUCUAGAGAGCUCCCGCGAGGCAGGCAAGCAACACAGGCGCCUAGAGAGGAUGUGCAGUGUGGACCGGAUGACUGGGCUGGAGAGAGAGGACAACAACUGGUACCCAAAAGACAAUAUGUUUAGCUUUCAGACUGCUACUACCACCAUGCAGGCGAUAUCGAACUUCCGGAAGCAUCUCAGAAUGGUGGGCAGCAGGAGGAUGAAGGCACAGACAUUUGCCGAGCGUAGAGCGAUGAGUUUCAACCGCUCCUGGAGUGACCCCACCCCUGUCAAGAAUGACUCUCCACAUGACCCCAGAGACAGUGGGGACCUGCCUGCCUCGUGUGGGACCCUGGAUGAGGGGGAGCGUGAGGAGCUAGACUGGGAGGAGGAGAGGGAGAUGGAGAGACUUGCCUGUGAGGGAGAUGACUUCAUCCCACCCAAAAUCAUGCUGAUCUCCUCCAAAGUCCCCAAGGCGGAGUACGUUCCCACCAUCAUCCGCAGGGAUGACCCCUCAAUCAUCCCUAUCCUCUAUGACCAUGAACAUGCUACGUUUGAUGAUAUCCUCGAGGAGAUUGAGAAGAAGCUAACAGCCUACAGGAGAGGCAGCAGAAUCUGGAGGAUGCUCAUCUUCUGUCAGGGAGGUCCAGGGCAUCUGUACCUGUUGAAGAAUAAAGUGGCCACAUUCGCCAAGGUGGAGAAAGAAGAGGACAUGAGCCAGUUCUGGAGGAGGCUGAGUCGGUUUAUGAGCAAAGUGAACCCUGAACCCAACCUCAUCCACAUUAUGGGCUGCUACGUCCUGGGAAACCCCAAUGGAGAGAAGCUGUUCCAGAAGUUGAAGAACCUGAUGAGGCCUUACUCCAUCGAAUUCGAGUCGCCACUGGAGCUGUCUGCGCAGGGAAAAGAGAUGAUUGAGAUGUACUUUGACUUCCGUCUCUUCCGCCUGUGGAAAACUCGCCAGCACUCUAAACUCCUGGACUACGAGGAUCUUUUAUGACGGGGCUCCAAGUCAAGUCCGUCCUGUAGCAUACAUGCAGUCUAUACUGGGACAGGAGGACCUACUGAACACCACUGCUCAACUCAACCCUACUGCUCAGCCCCACUGUAACAUCUAUCACACCUGCUUUCAUCCAGGAGAGGACUGGGAGAGGGGGGUGAUGAAGAGGAGGACGAAGAGAAGAGGGACAGGAGUGAUAGAGAGGUCGAGGGGGAGGCGAGGGGUGACAUGGCCGCUGUCAUGGUGCUGUGUGUUAUUUAUUUCAACCCGCCUCUUCACCGCCUUCGCAACCACUAAGGUUCGAGGGUCAAAAAGAGAGACACCCAAGCAGAAGGGAUGCUAGAAGGACAACAAGACCUGAAGAUGGAGAGAAAGAAGAACGGGAGAGAGAUCUUCUGUGCUCUUGCUCUCUCCCUUUAUGAAACGAGGAACAAAAACAUGUAUUAUCAUGUUUGAGGUGCUCAUAGCACUUUAAAGGACAAUUGUCUGGUUCUGUUCUGGUUGGACCUCUCAGAGAAAUCCGGAUUGGAAAAGCAAAAAUUCUAUCCAUAUGUAGGUGUGUAUGUACAGUGGGGCAAAAAAGUAUUUAGUCAGCCACCAAUUGUGCAAGUUCUCCCACUUAAAAAGAUGAGAGAGGCCUGUAAUUUUCAUCAUAGGUACACUUCAACUAUGACAGACAAAAUGAGAAAAAAAAUCCAGUGUACACAUCACAUGAAUAUAUUCUAGCUCUAGUCAUGCAAAUUCUCACUCUAAGAAUAUGAUGCAUUAGUUAUGUUUGCUGUUUCUUCUGAACUCUCCUCAAUAACUCAGGUUAGGUUUGUUUGAUCCCCUGGUGCACCAGAUAUUGUAAUCCUCAUUGCCAUUGCUUGGGAUGAAUGUAUAUAUCAUUUAUCUUCUAUCUAUUUCAACUGAUUCAGCUCCAGAGCCAAAAGUGUAGGGGCGAUGUCACAAAUACAUAUGUGUGUGUGCAUGUGCGUUCAUAGGUCCGUGUGCGUGCGUGCGUUCGUGUGCGUUUUCCCACUCUGAUAUAGCCAUGCUGAACCAUUCCAUUUCACACCACAGAGUGAAGUCACUGACACACACUUCCAGCAUAUGAGUUGUGAUGUCAGGCCUGGCAUCAUGGCCAAUAGCUCAAGCAAAACCCCUAUCAGCAUUACCCGGUGGAUCCCUUUCUACUGUCUCCAUCGGGGUGAUGCCAUUUAAAUGGCCCAUGUCAAUGCCUUCCGUCAGUAGCUGUACUCCAUCUAGCCUCAAGCCUGUUGGUUGCUCUCACCAUCAGCUAGACAGUCCUUGCUCCCCCUCAGGACCCCUUCCUCCACCAGGCCUUGGUCCAGUCAGAAAAUAGGCACUUAAUAAAUUGGUCUGAUCUUCAUCAUUCCAAGCCAUUAAGGAGCCAUCUGGGGCUCAGCAGAGUUAUGUGCUGUAAUGUAUAUGCACCGAGGGGAGAGAGAGUAGUGUGUGUGUGUGUGUGUGUGUGUGUGUGUGUGUGUGUGUGUGUGUGUGUGUGUGUGUGUGUGUGUGUGUGUGUGUGUGUGUGUGUGUGUGUGUGUGCCCAUCAGCAUCACACCAUAAAACUACUGUAUCAAGAACACUGGGGGCAGGCAGCCAGAGGACGGCCAGUGGACAUCUAAAAGAGAAUAACUCCACACUAGUCAAAGCCACCCUGCUCACACACACAGCAUUAUUCCCUGCACAGCUAGCCCUUCUCUGUCGGCGCCAAGUUAACGCAACAUAACACGUUUCUCUUCUUUUGUGUGGCUGUUCUGUUGUCCUUUUUCAUGUUCUUGAGGGUGAAGAGUUGAGUGGUGGAUAUCGAUGUCAUCCCUCGAGCAAAAGAUGCCAACGUAUGGUCCGCGACGGAGAGCGCUCUCCCUGUUGGAGUCGGAGUCAUGUCACCCAGACUCUGACUUAGCAGUCAGCAGAAGUUCUAUAGGUAGUCUUCUGUUCUGUUCUCUGUAGUUCAUAUAAGCCUUCGUUGCUGCGUCUAAUUGAAGAUGCAAACAGCCAUACUGUCUCUCACUCCACCCGUAACUUCUCCUUCAUGUGACUUCAAUUUCUAUGACUGUACUGUUACCUUUUCAAUAUAAAGUGUGAGGGAAAUAUAAAGUGUUAGGGAAAUAUAAAGUGUGAGGGAAAUAGAAUGUGUGAGGGAAAUAGAAUGUGUGAGGGAAAUAUAAAGUGUGAGGGAAAUAUAAAGUGUGAGGGAAAUAUAAAGUGUGAGGGAAAUAGAAUGUGUGAGGGAAAUAUAAAGUGUGAGGGAAAUAGAAUGUGUGAGGGAAAUAGAAUGUGUGAGGGAAAUAUAAAGUGUGAGGGAAAUAUAAAGUGUGAGGGAAAUAUAAAGUGUGAGGGAAAUAGAAUGUGUGAGGGAAAUAUAAAGUGUGAGGGAAAUAUAAAGUGUGAGGGAAAUAUAAAGUCUUAGGGAAAACAUAAGAACGGAUAAAAAAAAUAAUAAUUUUUGUUUUAUAUAAUAAUAAUAAUAAUUUGUUUUAGCUAAUCAUUUAAGCUAUUUGCUUCUUGCCUCUAUCAAUGUUACUGUAUGUGGCAUGGUAUAGAGCACAGAGUAAGACUCCACAAACAUGUAUUUCUCCUCCACCUGUGUUUUGUAGCAGCAACGUGGAAGAGAUGGGAGGGGUAAGAAAGUUGAGAAUGCCCUAAAAUGAUUGAUGUCUCACUCUUUUUGAAACUUAAUGUGCAGCGACUCAUUGUACUGUACUGUACGCUUCAGAGUUCUAAGCACUGAGGGAAAACGAAACAAAAAUGCUUGUUUUCUUUCACGUCUCAUAGGAACUCAGACAGAGGAAGAUGCUAUUUCUUAUGCCUGCCUUGUAGACAUGGGCUUUGGUCAAAAGGAGUGCACUAUAUAGGAAAGAGUGUGACAUUUGGGACCAAACCCAGUAGGUGUGCUCUUCAGCCACGUCUUCCCUCCUCCCUCCACUGCCCCCACUCAGAGAUGGCCAGUGGCUGGCUCAGCUGGAAGAUGAUUGGCUUAGUUAGAGGAGGAUAGCUUGAUGACACACUGAGGAGGCAUACAGCCCGCCCAACUGGUGGAUUAUGGCCGCGUUACUGGCUGACCACAUUGCAGACACACCCAUGUCAAAUCUCACAACACCUGGAUAGGUGUUUAACAAAUCAGCAAACAACAUCAUAUGAUACAGCAGCAAUCUGAUGCCCGACUGUACGGUCGAUGGCCUGGCACACAACCAUUGGUUGAUGCAACGCAAUGUCUGCAAUGUAGUCGGCCUGGAACGUGACAAUUAUGUUUUGGGGAGGGGAAGGAAAACCCCAUGAUUGACGUUUAGUUGCAUUAAGAAAUCCACAGCCUUUUGUAUGUCUGUUUUAUUAGAUAGCAAGUAGUCUAAACUGAAUUAUAAUCUAUGAGUCAUUUAAGAUAAUGUGACAAUUUGUUUCUUUUGGAGCAUUGACUCUCAAUGCAUUUUAUGAGGUAGAUCAAUGUAGAUAUCAACAAUAAAAUACACACUGUAUAUCUCUACUGGUGAUAAAUGAUUUGAAAUGACCAACAUCGAAAGCAAAUAUGUGUAUUGAGCCUUUCAUUGUACUUUACCCUCAUGGUAUUGGGAAGGAGAAAAUGCCUUUUUGAGUAAAGUUGGCUGUUAAGUCUACUGAGAGAAACGAUGUACACAACUGACAUUGACUUGUACAUAAUGGGUUUUAAAGCAUAUUUUCCAGUAAAAUGUUCUGUUGAAAUUUAAA